AUGGCGACAUCAAAUGCAGUAAAUGGCAAGCAGACAACAUGGCAUGGCGCCGGAGCAGCCGAGUUUGACCUGAGAAGUGACACUAUGACCAAGCCGACGCCGUCCAUGCUUGAAGCGAUCUGCCAAACUACACUGUUAGACGAUGUUUUCGAAGAAGACCCCGUCACAAAUGACUUGCAGGAUUACGUUGCGAAGCGCACCAACCAUGAGGCUGCGCUGUUGGUCAUGUCGGGCACAAUGGGCAACCAGGUCGCAAUUCGAACCCACCUGACCGAGCCUCCGUACUCUGUCGUCUGCGAUUACCGUUCUCACAUCAUCUGCUACGAGGCGGGAGGCGUCAGCGCUUGGACCGGAGCCACAGUCAUACCGAUCGUGCCCAAGAACAACACUUAUCUCACGCUUGAAGACGUCAAAAAGAAAGUGGUCAUCAGCGACAACGUCCACACGUGCCCCACCAAGCUCAUCAGCCUUGAGAACACAUUAGACGGAAUGAUCAUGCCACUCGAGGAAGCCAGAAGGAUUACCGAAUGGGCACACGCAAAUGGAAUUAAGGUACACCUUGACGGUGCUCGAUUGUGGGAGGCCAUUGUCUCGGGUGCAGGAAGCUUGCCAGAAUACACCAGCCUCUUUGACAGUAUAAGCUUGUGUUUCUCAAAAGGUCUAGGCGCCCCUAUUGGCAGCAUAAUUGUUGGCUCGAACCCGUUCAUCAAAAAGGCGCGCUGGUUCCGCAAGUCAAUAGGAGGUGGCACCCGCCAAUCCGGAGUGCUAGCUGCAGCCGCACGGGUCGCCCUCGACGAGACAUUCGGAUUGGAUCCCAGUGGCCAGGAUGGAAAGCUGCGGGAGACCCAUGUCAAGGCGAAGCGAGUUGCAGAUAUGUGGACGAACCGUGGCGGGAAGCUAGCCUGCCCGGUUCAUACCAACAUGGUGUGGUUGGACAUCGAGGCAUCCGGGCUUGGGCCGAACGACCUAGCGGAGACCGGAAAACAGAAGGGACUGAAGCUUCUGGGGAACAGGAUUGUGAUUCAUUACCAGGUAUCAGAUGAUGCUAUCGACCGCCUCGAGCGGGUGUUUGACUUGGCACUGAAAGGCCAGCACCAACAGAGUACUGACACCAGUAAGCCUUAUGGGAGCCGGUAA